UGAACUACACCACAAGAACUAUGACAAGCAUCCGUUUGAUUAGUUGUCUCAUGGUGUUGAUGGUGACGUUGAAUGUCGCAUUGGCAUCGCAGACAGCUUGCUUCGCUUAUGGACGUUACUACCAGCAUAACCAGAUAAUUCCAUCCACCAACCGAUGCUCGGGCUGCCUCUGUCUCAAUGGACGCAUGGACUGCAGACCCUUCAGAAACUGCGAGCCUCCCUCUUGGUGGUACAGCGCGCCCCCACAGCAGCAGGAACGGUACUACAACAACCAGGAGAAUCCAGAGAUCUUGCCCGGUCAUGAAACCCACCACGGCUAUGACGAAUGAUGUACUCAGUUUCAAUUUUUAAUUGAACUUAUCCCUAUUCAGUUCCUUACAUAAUAACAAUUGUAAUAGUAAUAAUAAUAAUAAUUAUAACAGAUACCUUAAUAAAUAAUUACAAAACGA